ACAUCAGACAGUGGAUACCAAGCGCUGCAUUGAAAAUUUUACACCUCCUCUUAUCAAAACAUACGUGCUCCUGUUCUCUUCCUUUAUAUUGAAAACCCUAGUUUCCAUGUCUAACUACUACUGAACCAUCUCCGCUUUAUCAGAUACACUUCCUAAUACAUCUUUCUUCGGCUGUCUAGAAACAUGGGAAAGGUCAAGAUCGGAAUCAACGGUUUUGGAAGGAUCGGAAGGUUGGUGGCUAGAGUUAUCUUGCAGAGGGAUGAUGUUGAGCUCGUUGCUGUUAACGAUCCAUUCAUCAGUACUGAUUACAUGACAUAUAUGUUCAAGUAUGACACUGUUCACGGUCAAUGGAAGCAUCAUGAACUGAAGGUGAAGGAUGACAAGACUCUUCUCUUUGGUGAGAAGCCCGUUGCUGUAUUCGGUAUUAGGAACCCCGAAGAGAUCCCUUGGGGUGAGACUGGAGCCGAGUACAUUGUGGAGUCAACUGGAGUCUUUACUGACAAGGACAAAGCUGCUGCCCAUUUGAAGGGUGGCGCUAAGAAAGUCAUCAUCUCAGCUCCUAGCAAGGAUGCUCCUAUGUUUGUUGUGGGUGUAAAUGAGCAUGAAUACAAGCCAGAGCUUGACAUUGUGUCCAAUGCUAGCUGCACCACCAACUGCCUUGCUCCCCUAGCAAAGGUUAUUCAUGACAACUUUGGCAUCGUUGAGGGUUUGAUGACCACUGUUCACUCCAUCACAGCCACACAAAAAACUGUUGAUGGACCAUCAAUGAAAGAUUGGAGAGGUGGCAGGGCUGCUUCAUUCAACAUUAUCCCUAGCAGUACGGGGGCUGCAAAGGCUGUGGGAAAGGUGUUGCCUUCUCUGAAUGGAAAAUUGACUGGAAUGGCUUUCCGUGUGCCCACUGUCGAUGUCUCAGUGGUUGAUCUCACUGUGAGACUGGAGAAGGAAGCUUCUUACGAUGAAAUUAAAGCCGCUAUGAAGGAGGCUUCUGAGGGAAAACUAAAGGGUAUUGUGGGAUACACUGAAGAUGAUGUGGUUUCCACUGACUUCAUUGGUGACAACAGGUCAAGUAUCUUUGAUGCCAAGGCUGGUAUUGCUCUGAACAAGAAGUUUGUGAAGCUUGUCGCAUGGUACGACAACGAGUGGGGCUACAGCACACGAGUUGUUGAUCUGAUUGUUCACAUGUCGAAGACCCACUAAGUAGCGUGUCCAUCAUAUAUGCCUGUUGUUGUUUGCGUCUUAUUUUGAGACUGCUGAGUUGAAAUAAAUGUGUUUUUGAAAACGAUAUGAAGAGUUGGACCUGCUUCUUCUGUUGGGCAGGUUUAUCUGUGGUUGUUUUGUUCAGUUAAGUAGUUAUUCCGAGUCUCCCAUCACCUGUUCGCGAGAAAGCUUGUAUUGAAAACUUGGGGAUUGGCUUAGAUAUAUUUUUGUUCGGUUGGAAUUAAAUACCAGUUGUCUGUCUGUCUGUCCUCUAUUACCUUUCCCCUAUUUGGUAAUAGAGAAAGUGGACUGAAAAAUGCCUUGCCUAAAUGCAUUUCCUCUUAAAGCACGAA